AUGAUAUUCUCACUUUCAUUCUUUGCACCAACUCAACCUACGUACGCUACUCAAAUUUCUACGGCCUAUCAUCAGUCAUUGAUUGUGCUUGAUGCCAUGGCAUCGCGUUCGUCUCCAUGCUUCUGA